AUGGGGCUUCUCAUCCAGCGAAGCGUGCUUUCACUCCUCGCGAUCUUCCUUCUCGCCGCGUCCCUCGCGCCGGGUCUUGCGGCUGAUUCCGGUGGCGCCGCAACGACCGCGCCUCCGCGGCUCGCGCGCGCGCGGCUGUGGCGGACGGGGGAGCUCACGCUGGAGCGCAUCGCAGCGCAGCGCGAGUGGCUAUCCUCCGCAGCCUUCAAACAGCGCCUUCUCUCCGCCACCGGUCUGCGCGCGGACGGCACAGAAGGCCGCGGCGUAACCGGCGCAAGCGGCGCGGACGGCGCAAGCGGCGGCGAGCGCGGGCCGGUCGUGGUGCCGCUGAACAACUACCUGGACGCGCAGUAUUACAUGGAGAUCGGCAUCGGCUCGCCGCCGCAGACGUUCAGAGUCGUGCCCGACACCGGCAGCAGCAGCCUCUGGGUGCCUUCGCGCCGCUGCUACCUCUCCCUGGCGUGUCUGAACCACGCCAAGUACGAUUCACGCAAGUCGCACACAUACAAGCCGGACGGCACGCCCUUCGAAAUCCGGUACGGCAGCGGCGCCGUCACGGGAUUCCAGUCCAACGACCACGUGACUAUAGGCGACGUGACUAUAACGGGGCAGACCUUCGCGGAGGCCACCAGCGAGGCCGGGCUCGCGUUCUUCUGGUGGAAAUUCGACGGAAUAUUGGGGCUGGGCUUUAAGGAGAUCGCGGUGAACAGGGUGGUGCCGCCGUGGUACAACAUGCUGGAGCAGGGGUUGGUUCCCGCGCCGGUGUUCUCAUUCUGGUUGAACAGGGACGCGGCGGGGGAGGUGGGCGGGGAGGUGGUGUUUGGCGGGGUGGAUGGGGCGCAUUACAAGGGCGCGCACUCGUGGGCGCCUGUUACCAGGCGCGGGCAUUUCAACAUGGCAUUUCAACAUGGCAUUUCAACAAGGCAUUUCAACAUGGCAUUUCAACAAGGCAUUUCAACAUGGCAUUUCAACAUGGCAUUUCAACAAGGCAUUUCAACAUGGCAUUUCAACAAGGCAUUUCAACAUGGCAUUUCAACAUGGCAUGACGCUGCAUUCCACUCCAUGUGUACGGAAGGAGUUCUUCCCUCUGCCUCCCACAUGCAUCUCCCACGCAUGUAUCACGCACGCCAAUUUCUCUCUCUCUCAAUCUCUCUCUCUUCCCGCGCGUGCCCUGUCCUCUCCUGCCCACCAGGCAUCUGCGAGAGCGGCUGUGCGGCCAUUGCUGACACUGGCACCUCCCUCAUUGCAGGCCCCUCGGCGGUGGUAGCGGAGAUCAACGCGGCGAUUGGCGCCAAGGGCGCGGCCCAAGAGGCGUGCGUGCAGCUGGUGCACGAAUAUGCCGGCAUUAUCAUCGACCUGCUCGAGCGGAAGAUGGACCCAUCUCUUGUGUGCCAUGCCGUUGGCCUCUGUGACGACAUGGCUGCAACCGCUGCUCGCACCACCCCCACGCCUAGUCUGCUCAGGUGGGAGGAGGACCCAGUCAUUCAGAUGCCCGGGGACCAUGCUGACGUGGCAGAUGCCAUCGGUGACAAGGCGGGCAGCAGCAGCAGCAACAGCAGCAGCGGCAGCAGCAGCAGCAGCGGCAGCAGCAGCAGCGGCAGCAGCAGCAGAAAUGGCGGGCGAGUGGGAGAUCCCAGGUGUUCGCUGUGUGAGGCGAUGGUGAUAUGGGUGCAGAACCAGCUAGCGAGGAACAAGAGCCGGUCUGAGAUCAUCUCUCACCUCAACACGAUGUGUGAGCACCUGCCAAACCCAGAGGGGGUGGCGCAGGUGGAUUGCAGCAGCGUGCACCAGAUGCCGGAAGUGGCCUUUACCAUAGGGGACAAGCACUUUGCACUACAGCCGCAGCAGUACGUGCUACAGGCGGGGCAGGGCCGUCAGAAGCUCUGCAUCAGCGGCUUCCUUCCCAUCGACCUGCCUAUCUGGAUUCUAGGUGACACGUUCCUGGGGGCGUACCACUCGGUGUAUGACUUUGGCAAUGAGCGCGUAGGCUUUGCUGAGUCAGCAUGA